CUGGAGGCUUUGCCCAGGGUCUCCUUGGGAGCUUUGUGGAGUGGGGCUCCAGAGCCCCGUCUUUGAGAUUUUGAUCCGGGAGGUCUGUCCUGGGUCUGGGCUUCUAACAUCGCCCAGGUGACUGAUGAGCGCCGCUCACUCGGACAGUGGGGACACCUGCCGCGCACCUUUGCUUCCCACAUUCCAUCCUGGAGAAGCGUAAGGCCCCCUCCUGCCCCGAACAAUGCGUGUCCCUCCCUGUCUUGGUCCCCACCACCCAUGUCUUCUCUGUUCUCAGGGAGACUCCGGGGGUCCCCUCGUCUGCCCGUUAAAUGGCACCUGGUUCCUGAUGGGGCUGUCUAGCUGGAGCCUCGACUGCCGCUCACCCAUCGGCCCCAGCGUCUUCACCAGGCUCUCCUACUUCACCAACUGGAUUAGCCAGAAGAAGAGGGAGAGUCCCCCUCUGGAUCCUGCCUUGGCUCCUCCUCAGGAGAUGCCCCCAGCCCUGGACAGCAUGACCUCUCAGGGUACCGUCUAUAAACCCGGGCUCUGCACAGCCCUUCCGGCUGCUCACACCCUCCUCCUGCUGCUGAUUCUGCUGGGGAGCCUGUGAAGGGCCAGGGCCCCUGGCCUCCUAACCACAAGCUUGUCCACCUCAGGCCGGCCUCCUUGCUGAGCUCUGCACGCUCCUGACGUGUUUCCAUCUCUGGGCUCUUCUGUCCACCCAAGGCCACCCCUGCCCCAGGCCUGACAAAAUAAAAACCACCCAAGAAGCUUCUUGCUCUGGUUUCUGGCCCACCAGAGCCAUCUCCCACACUCCACUGUGUCUCCAGCUCCUCAGGGAGGGAAGGUCUCCCUCCUCCCCGGGCAGGGAUAUGGGAGCCAAGUCACUCUCCUUGGGGAGUUGGGUCGCGCAGACUCAGGCCCCGUUCCUGUCCUCCAGGGCAUGCAGACUUCCAGAAAAAUGGGGCCAGGGCCUCCCCACAUGGAAGCAGCCGCCUGUCCUCCUGGAGCUAGGUGCUGUGCGCUGGUCAGGGAUGAAGUCGUAUCUUCCAGGCACACAGGUCACAGAGGCUCUCCUCGACAGCUUGCCAGUAAACUGUGAAGGGGGCUGAGGUCUUGGGUCAGCCGUCCCAGAGUUCUGUACCAGGGGUCAGCUCUCAGCUGACUGCCCCCUGUACUCACAGCCCUGCCCUCUCCCUGCCU